GAAAUCUGGUCCAGCAACAAACAACGGUCACUUGCACCAUCAGGGUCGAGACCUGACCAAGCAGCACGAGAGAAGACCUGCUGAAGAACUGAUCGAUGCAGACUUCAUAUCUUCAUAAGAGCACUGAUUAAACUCCAUCUGACUCUCCUGCAGUGGACACCAUGGCCUCCACCGUCUCUAUGCGCAGCUACUCAGUGCGUCAGCCCUCCUUCUCCAGCAUGUCUGUGAGGGACAGCGGGCGCAGCAUCCGCUCCAAGCCUCCUGUCCCUCUGGGCACGCUGUCUCUGUCCCGCUCUGUCUCAAUGGGCAACGGCCUCAAUAUGCUGGGCUCCAGCCUCUCCAUCAACGGCCUCGGUGUCACCGCCAGUGAGAAGGAGACCAUGCAGGGCCUGAACGACCGGCUGGCCAACUACCUGGAUAAGGUGCGCUCACUGGAGAGGUCCAACGCUGAGCUGGAGGUGAAGAUCAAGCAGCUCAUGUUGGAGAGGGCUCCAAAAGGGCACGACAUCGAGGGGUUGAUGGCCCAGGCACAUGCCAUCGGGCAGGAGGUGAGAAAGAAGACGCUGGAGAAUGCCCGAAUCAUGCUGGAGAUUGAUAAUGCCAAGCUGGCAGCCGAUGACUUCAGGGUCAAAUGGGAGGCAGAGGCCACCCUGUGCCAGUCGGUAGAAAGAGACUGUCAGGCUCUGAGGAGAGCAAAGUCCGACCACGACCAGAUCAUCGCCACUCUGCGAGGAGACCUGGACAGUCUGAAGGAGGAGCUCUACUUCCUUAAGAAGAAUCACGAUGAGGAGAUGAACUCAAUGAAGUCUCGUCUGGCCAACGAGCAGGUGAACGUGGAGGUGGAUGCGGCUCAGGGUCCUGAUCUCGGGGCCAUCAUGGCUGAGCUGAGGGUCCAGUAUGAGGGCAUUGCUCGCAAGAACAAGGAGGAGGCCGAGGCCUGGUACCUCAAGAAGUUAGAAGCAGUGCAGUCGGAGGUCAAAGAAAGCAACGAGGCUCUGCGCUGUGCCCAAAGUGAGCUCAGUGAGAGGCGACGUUUCCUGCAGGCGCUGGAGGUCGAACUCGACAGUCUUCGGAAGCAGGUGGGCGUGUUGGAGGGAAACCUUGGAGAAACAGGGCACAAGUACUCUGUGGAGAUGGACCGUCUUCAGGCCACGCUGACCCAGCUGGAGGACGAGCUGUCUCAGCUGCGUUUGGACAUGCAGCGCAACAAGACCGACUACGAGCAGCUGCUGCGCAUCAAACAGAACCUGGAGAUGGAGAUCGCCACCUACAGGAGGCUGCUGGAGGGGGAGGAGAUGGUGAAAGAAACACCUCCACCUCCUAAAAAAGACCCCGACGUAAGGACCAGGAAGAUUGUAAAAGUCGUCACUCAGACCAUGAUAAACGGCAAGGUCGUGGACGAGUCCAGUGAGGUGGAGAAGAUUGAGGAGCACAAAAAAUGAGCCAAAGUGUGUGAAGAGAAGAAGCAGUGAUGUCUGUUAAACCUGAAGUGGAUCAAAUAUCACCACGACCUUUUUGUUUUUUUUUAUUAUGUUUAUGUUUUAAUGCCUUAAAGUUUGCCAAAAAUAGACUGAAAUGUGUGGAAAUAAGUUCAACCUAAAAUAUUAUAGUCCUUUGCAGCAACAUGAUAUAUUUUUGAUCUGCAUAUCAUUUAAAACAUUACAAUACCAGUACCCUUAGGGUGAUGCAGAUACCAACAGAGUGCUUCAGUUGAUACCUUUUUUUUUUCUACAGUACUUCAUUUGAUACCUGUCAUGUGAAUGGAAGCAUUCGUGUGUGUAGUAUAGCCAUACUUUUGAACAUUUUGGCAGCAACUCCGCGUGCUCAACAGCCAACUCCAGUGUCAAAUGCUUAACUUGAUCUCACCACAGACUGCAUGGCUCCAGCUUCCUCCCACAGUCCAAAGACAUGCAGGUUAAUUGGUAACUCUAAAUUGCCCGUAGGUGUGAAUGUGAGCGUGAAUGGUUGUCUGUCUCUAUGUGUCAGCCCUGUGAUAGUCUGGCGACCUGUCCAGGAUAAGUAAUGUCUCUUUCUAUUGUUAAAUAUUAUAUUGAGUAAAAGAAUAAAAUGUGUAUUAAGAGUAUGUACUAUCUUACAAAGGAGAGUGCUCAAUUUGUUUGCGUGUGUGCACACGUGUGUCUAUUGUGGCAGUAAAGAUACUAACAUAAUGAUAAUCAAAAGAAUGUCACAGAUAACAUAACAAAUGCGCCAUUUCAGUGAUACUCCCACACCACCACCAAGCCUGUGGCUAAUUGCUGUUAUGCCUAUGCGGUGCAGUAGAAGGCAAAUUACGCGUCACAUUAAAUCAAAGAAGACAUACUUAACAUUUUUCUAGAUCUGACAAAAAGAAUUGAAUGCAGGUGUUGUUUGACUGGAGAGGUUUCAAUACAACUUGGUACUGGGUUAUUUUGGUCAAUACCUUAAAGCUGUUGAUGACCGAUACCUAUCCCUAUAUAUAUCUGUACAUAUGAUCUCUAAAUGUAAGAAGAAACUCUUAAUCCUGAUAUAUGAUCCUCUGAAAUGUUUGAAUAGUCUGUUUAUGAAUGCUUGUCCAAGGAUUUAUGUGCAGAUUGUGCUGGAACUGAAUGAAACAUGCAGUCUUCUACAGCAGAUUGAGUUUGCUCUGUAGUCAUCAAAAUAUGAAACAUCAAGAAAAAGAAAGCACCUGGACCUUUUGCAUUCAGAUGUUUUUGUGACACUACUGUUUUUGAGCUCUAACGCUCAUUUUAUUUGAAUUUAAACAAAUAGUUUCUCAUUUUUUGGUAAUUAUGGUUAUUUGCUUUAUUGCUGAGAGUUUGAUGAAAAGACGUAGCUUCAUAUUUAGUGCAAACAUGAAAGUCUUCUCAUCUAACUCCCAGCAUGAAAGCCAGUAAGUGAUUUUCCAGAUUUUCUUUAAUAGUGACUCGAAGCUUUAAGAAAAUGUCUUGAUCUUGCAUUAUCUAUCUAUGCACGACAGUGCCACUGUAAAAAAGUAAUGGGAGUGUUUUAAUGUGUUGCAGUUUUAUGAUAGACAGGAACAAAUCAACCAAAGCAGCUGUGCAGUGUCAAUAAAUAAAACAGUGUUUAAAAGAAAGAAAAGUGUCCCUGCUCAUUUUCAGCUGAAACAGAAACUUCGACUGAUACUGGAGGAACAUAAUAGCAUGGAGAGACAAAGAUUUUGCACCAAGAGGGCAGAAAUUACAAAACCUACAUACAGUAGUUUCAGGUGACGGGCUUUUGUGUAUUUGUGUGAGUGUUGUGUUUCAGUGUGUUUCUCUGUUAGUUUGUGUGCACGUGUACAAACAGCUCAGAGGACUUAAAGUAAUUUUGGAACAUGAAGACACUACAUGCUGAAAAUGUAUUUUAAAUGUUAACAAAGUGAAAUAAGAAUAAAAAGUUC